AUGCCUUGGGUAUCUCCCGCGGUCGACCACUUCCGGCCAGCUAGGGAGUAUCUGAAGGAUGUCCUAGGGGAGGAGGAUGCAAUUGGGGUUAAAUACAUCGUUGGAUGGCAAGCGAACGACGAUGUUCAGGGCUCCCGAGUACAUCAGACUGCAGCCGAUGAAUUCAGUCCAGUAGAAGCUUGGAAGACCGAUAUGAGCAUCUAUGAGUUAUUCAUGUGUAGUGGAUGUAAGCGUCUUGCUUCACCCUCGGAGAUAGAUGAGGAGGUCGUGAGCUACUACUGUACAAACUGUCUGGAGGUGCUGCCUCAGUCAGCGGUGACCGCACAUAAAGGAAGGUGGUUUGUCUCAGCGCGGAAGAUCGCAGGUGAGCAAAGGGUCGUCACGUCCGGUGAUCUUCCUGGAAUGGCUGAUAUUGAGUAG